AGGCAGAUUCUCAACCACUGUGCUACCAGGGAAGCCCUCUCCUCUUUUUUUUUCCUUCUGUUCUAGUUCUGAUUUUCUUUCUUACAGGACCAGAUGAGUAGUUUGACAAUGGUACUAGCUAAUGAAAAGAAGAGAGCAUUACCUUAUUUAUAAACUUUGGGCAUUACUACCUAACGGCUUAAAUGUGAAAGCUGAGGUAUGUCUUCAUGAUUGCUACUUAAUUUUCUCAGGAAUAACUAAGUGGGAGCUACAACAUCUUUGUUUAGCAGCUAUGGUUUUCAUUAAAUUUAAUUAAGUCUCCCAGAAGCUUUAAAUUUAAGGUAACUUCAAAAUUCUGGUGGCUUCUGCUAAGUAUAAUUAUAUUCCCUUUACAGCUGCCAUGGUUUGGGAAAGCUGGCCUGUCAGACUUAAAAAUCUUUAACAAGUUCACCAGUACUUUGGUUUCAGAGAGUCCAUUUCCAAGCUCAGCCCUCCCUUCCCUCUCUCCUUUCCUCCCUCCCUCACUCCCUCUUUCUUUCUUCCCCUUUUUGCAGAAGGCUGUGGCUAAUGUGAACUUAACAAAAGCUGCCCAGUUAUGCUUACAACCUCAGUAAUGAGUUGAGGUCAACAUUUCUGAGGUUACUUUUGCCAGAAGGAUUCUAAGACAGUCUUGGUUGACCACUGGGGUGCUAGGAUGGCCACAUCAUUUUGGAUAUUGUAACAACUGAGUUUUCCUCUCUGACUCUGUUACAUGGAGACUGGGCUGCACAAGUGAAACAGGUGACCAUUGAAACUUAAAGGAGAAACAAACAUAGUGCCCUAGGGCCUAGGGCUGAUCUCAAUAUUCAUAAACCAGGACAGGACAAUCAUCUUCUCUUGACAGAUGAGGAAGAUGGGGUUCUAACAGGCUAAGGAAAACUGCCCACAGUCACAGAACAAAAAGUGGUGGAUUCCCAGUCCCUGAAGGUCCUAGGACAUGUGCCAAGUAAUUACUUGGUGGAGCCAUGGCAGAGGAAAUUCAAAGGGAUUCUCCAAGAAGCAGAAAGAUUUAAUCUCAUCAGCAAACCCUCACAAGGCUGAAGUUGUCCUCUCUUCACUCUCCUGUUGCCUGAAACCCUAAGUCAUUCUGCAGUGCCCUUUCAAAUUGGGACCCGCCUCAGUCCAUGUGGUAUUUAUAAUGAAAGCAGUGACUCCUGGGAGUCUACCUCGUCCCGUGCACCAAUACUCCCACUGGAUCCUGGCCACUACCUCAAAAUGAGGUGUCUCUAAUUCUAGAGUGGAAUCAGGAGGAUCCAGAUGCAUUGCCACUUAUAACUGGUAUAAAUUACAGCCCACAAGCAGAGGUGUGCAAGAAACAGUACAAAAAAUUUUUUUAUAAUUCCACGUAAUUUGUAUUUUAAGCCUUGAUCCUGCUGGUGUCCUGUUUGGAUUUCCGCCAUCCCUAUUUGGAAGUCAGAGGGCCAAGCUUUUGAGGGAGUGAGUGGAAGCAUGAUCAUUGUUGACUGGAGUCCACAGUUGUAAGUGUAGACGUCCAUCAGCUCGGGGGCCAUGCCUCCUUUAGGUUUGGUGGCUGCUGUGCCAGGCAUGGGACAGGUUGCCAUGAUUCUGCUUGUAUGCAUACUAUAGCCAUCUCCUUUUAGAGUUUUUGCCCCAUUUACCCCUCCAGCCACACUUGAGAGGCCUUUUCUCCUCCAGGAUUUGCAGACAUCUCUCUCUGACUUAAUUAGCACAUUUCAACACUCCAGUAGGGAAACAAGACAGUACCUAAUUUCAAAAACCUGCUUCUGUUAUGUUUCUGCUCAAGUAUCCUCUCUUUUCCAUGGAGUUUGCGAUUUUAGAAAUAAAAGCCAAGAUCAUCAGCAUGCUAUUUCUGCUAUGCCCUGCCGGGCUCUUCCACUGGCCAGAGAACAUAGGGUCUGCUACCCACCUGAAUGCAGAAGGAAAAGGGUGAAAUAAAGGAAGAAAAGAAAAUAAACAGGAACAGAUUAACAUCUCAAAAUAUCCUGCCACAUUGGAAAGAUGUGAGAGUUGAAUUCACGGGAAAGGUUCUACUGGGAAAAAGGAAUUGUUCUUGAAAAUGGGGUCUGUGCUGUUGCAGAGACUGUUGAACCUAGGUCCACAGAAUGCUCUGAGGUCAUCCUUGAGGUCAGAGAACUCUGCUGUGGCCGUGGCAACCUUUGAAACUUAGCAGCCCUGGUGAGCGCUAGGCAGUACUGCCGGUUCACUAAGUGGUCUAAGUUCUUCAGCCAUUUAGGAGACUUGACUAUUUUUAUUUGUAUUGAAUCAUUUCAACGGAUUUCCCAAGAGCCAAGAAGGGCCAAGCUGUAGGGAAGAGGAGGAGUUGGAGGUGAGGCAUCUUCUAAGGGAGACUUCUAGUUGGUACGAUGAAACAGCGACAAAAGAGGAAACAUCUGGAAAAUGAAGAGUCCCAGGAAACUGCCGAGAAGGGAGGAGGAAUCUUGAAGUCACAAGAGGAUCCCCCUCCGCUUGGAUCCACUGUGGUGGCCCAAGGCUGCAGCCCAGGGUCAGGGGAGGUCUCCUCUGCCUCUGAAUACUUCUCCUAUGCUUCUUCUCCACGCAAGCUCAUCUGCAGUGAAAUCCAGAGAUUACAUCGAGACACUGCCCAGCCUAGAGCACCCCUAGCCCAGGUUCAGGAACAAGGGGAGACCACUCCCCCAUCACAGUAUGUCUCCUUCUCAUCCUCUUCAUCGUAUGAGGACUCUCUGUAUACAGACGAAGAGGAAAGGGGCAUGAAAAUAUUCUACAUGCGGGUACAAGUGAACAAGGGUGUAGCUGUCUCCUGGAUGAUAGAGAAACCCUUGGAGUUGCUAGAAAAGCAGCUGAGGAGAGAAGAAGUGACCCUUCCUGAGCAUGUGUGGGUAGGCAAUGCCAUCUCUCAUGUGUCCACCAGAAACCUGUCUGACAGUGAGCCCACUGGGGAGGAGAAUGAGUGUGAGGAAAGGGCAGAGCCAGACAGCCCAUCAGGGUCACCUGCAGUCAAGGAGACGCCCAGGGCCAAGACACCAGACUGGCUGGUGACCAUGGAGAUGGGCUUCAGGUGCAUGGCCUGCUGCCGGGUCUUCCCCACCUUGGAGAUCCUCCAGCAGCACGUGCAGUACAGUGUCCAGGACGGCUUCAGCUGCCAUGUCUUUCAUCUCGCCAUGUCCCAGCUGACGGACAAUGUGGAAUCCGAGAGCACCUCUGAGGAGGAGAAAGAGGAGCAAGAAGAAAAGGAGAAUGAGGGGCAGCAGCCCACGGGGGAAGACCUCUGCCCGAGGAGCCGGUGUCCAGUCUAUGUGUUUCAUUCUCCGAAGGACAGGAACAACUGAGAUUCAUGGGACAGAAGAUCCCGGAAGACGGUGUGGCCUUCUCUUGGAAGAGGGAGAAGAAAGGACCCUCAGGAUAGUAGCAGACAGAAUGCCGUGGUCUGAAGGAGGAUGAAGGGACCAGCACUCAGUCUCACAUUAAUAUAAUGUUAUAAACAUCAUAUGCAAUAAAGGGCAUUUUCCA